AUGGAACCACUUCUGCCCGCAGCUCGAUUUGACGAGCCUAUGGAUGUUUCACUUGAUACUUCUUUUGUUCAGCAAUCGGAUUACCAAACUGCCGAGGUGGACCUGAUGCACUCUCUUGAACCUAUGGAAGGCCUAACCCAAUCGCCAGUUAUCUACCCGGAGCUUGACAGAUAUCGCAAUUAUCGUGCCUACAAUCCACCCUACGACGCAUUUGCCGAUGUUCCUUACAAGCUGUCAACCCACGACUUACCACCACCUACGCCAGUUAGCCUGCCAUUUUCAGGAAGCAGUAGUCAAUUAAGUGCAAGUCCGUCAACUAAAUUUUCAGGAUCUCCCGGGCCAGGAUGGUACAGCCGCGAAACGACACCCACGUCAAUUUCCUCGCACUCACCCGGGCUCACCAUUCCGAAUCGCGCCAAUGUUUUCAAAGACCGUCAGUUCAGCCCAAACCAGACAAGACCUCCAGUGAGCCGAUGGAUGAGUGGGAGCAAUGCAAGUGAGACCGACGCGGUGGACCCUCAAGGUCUGGCAGCUGUGAGAGAGUCUUUGAACUCAUCCUCUUCCAGCUCCACUGUCAAGGAUGGAGACAGGAACAACAAGGAGAAGAAGCAGAAACGGCGUUUACCUCCACCUCCCCCGAGUCCUCCUCCAAGGAAAUCAUCGCAAGGUUUUCGCCGGGACUCAGAAGAUGGGGAUGAGGCUCUUCAAACGCCACCACGAAAGUCAAACGUGAAGCGCCCCUCUGCUUCGCGCAACCCAUCAAACAUCCCAUCGAUUCCGCGCGCCGUCACUUCGCCAAAUAAGCAGCCUGUCGCUCCUCGGCGACCCAGCCGAGACGGAACACCAGAUUUCCAAUCCCAGCUUCGAAGCCCUGUCCGAAUCAUCCAUAGCAAUCUUUCGUCUUCGUCUCUUCCAGGCGAGAGACGAGGAAGUACCUCUGAGGGUGUUCAGUCGCACUCAAAGACUAGGAACGCUUCCACGUCGCAGUUGCCCACGUCCCGCGAAAUCAGCUCCGCACCCAAGCCUAUCAAUAUACCAACCAAGGGCAAGACACGAGAAGACACAACUGACUCACUAAAGUCCUCAAGUGCACCUACAUCUAGUGGAAGCUCAUUUAGAUUCCCUUUCUUUGGCCUUGGGCGUAAGAAGGCUGUCCAAAGUGGCGCUGAUUCGAACGCUGAGUCAACCAAAAAGGAGGCGGACAAACGCCUCAAGCUUCCCCGCAAGGGCCCAGUUGCCGGUACUGGCCAUGAAGGUUAUGGGAGAGUAGGAAAUAUCCGCCGUCGUAGUGGAAGUGGCAGCCACUCUAGAACGGUUUCGGAUCACCAACCGUCUCAGGACAGUCUGGGAAGCACAGACUCUUUCUUUGCUGAUAGAAUGAACCCGGUGGUAAUUGCGGGAGGUGAGAUAAUUGAAAACCGCAAUACCAGCUCAGAGCUUUCUCGAACUGAGAGCAACCAGAGUCUUGCUCUGAGCCAGAAGAGUUUUGACUCGGUUUCGGGGGCAGGAGACGCCAUGAUUUCUCGGCCAGAUGUGCCAAAUAGCCUACGGGUGCCUCGGCUUGGCCCAAGAUCACGACGCCCUUCUGAGAGUAGCGAUUCUGACAGUGGAAGCGUGAGGCCUACACUUGCAUAUCGUCGAUCUGCUCAUAAGCUCAGAGUAUCCCCGGAUAGCCCCAUUAGCCUUCCUCAGCCGAUCAUUACAAGCGCCAUGGCGCCGUCUCCCAUGACCAGCUUUGACACCAGCAUCAUGUCUGACGAGUCGUUUGGGGAUCUACAGCGCGAGAUCUCUCAUGAUAGCGAUGCGGGCUUCGGAGCUUCAAAGAGGCCGGUAAAACGCUCUCGAUCACCCCGCAAGUGGAAUUUAUUUGGCAGAUCACAAAGUCCAGCAAAGUUGAAGAAGGCCGACUCAAAGCCUCCUGCGCUUGAGCCUGUUCAAAACAAGUCCGUUGCCUUUUAUGCAAUGCUGGACUCUCCAGAGAAAGACAAUUCUGAGGUCACAGACAUUCGGGAUAUCCUUCGGACCGCCGAGGUUUUUACCCAAUCUUCGACCUCCCUGGUUUUGGAACCACCCUCACCGAAAGAGGCAUAUGGCGACCUUCCAUUGCCCGCUCCAGCUUUUAUGUCAGACUACAACACCGGACUUCCUCCAGCCGGAGCCUCGCCAUCUCUCAGCUCUGGCCGUCCAAGCCGCCUGAAGCAGGUCGGAAGAAUACCCAGGGUGGUGAGCCAUCGUCAUGACCCUCCUCUGUCUCCUCACAGCUUUUCUCGUCCAUUCCGCCGUAGCAUGACCCUCAGCCCACAGGAUUCUGUCGACUUGGAUCCAAAUUUUGUGGCUACAGGCCUGGAAACGCCAAUAGAGCCACCUUCCGAGCCAGCAAUAAAUGCAUUGACCACGGACGAUGUUAUGUCAAUCGCCUCGCUAGCCGAAUCAGCAGCCAAAAACUACCCCGCGUCUGGAAGUCAGGAAAGAGAAUUCAUCAGAUUCUCUCCGCGGAAGAACUCCGAGUGCACAGUUGGGACAAGUUCUAGUUCCGGUGCAUGUUCGUUCAAUGAUUCUACCGCCGUCAUUCCGCAACCCAAUAAUCCGCCUACGGAGGAUGAGAUAUGGGAUGAGUACAAUGAUCUUCUUGGAGAAGGCGAAGACAACGCUAUAAGGGUUCCUUCGUCGAUAAUCUCACCAAGAGCGGCCCCUUUUCCCCUGUCUCCUCACAAAGCCAAUGCCCUCAGGGAGAAGCCAAUGGAGUCACCCACAAUCAUAAUGGACGGCCGUCAGCAGUCAACGUAUUCGCUUGCACCAACAAACUCAAGCUGUUACAGCGCUGAUAUGACGGAGAGGAUCCGAGCUGCAUUUCAACCUCACGACAGCCCCGAACUUCCAUCUGAGGAACUCCCUGCUCAAGAGGAAGAGGAGGGGAGUGAAUCUUUGCCUUUAGAGAGGAGAGCAAGUGACAAAAUGGUUCGCCAUAGCUUGUCACCUGUACCAGAGCGAAAUUCUGAUUCCAGCUUCGGUUCCGCCGCUGAUGAUGGAUCGCCUCUAUCUCAGGUCAAUCUUCGUGUUGGUUCUAUGACUGUCAGCAAGUGGCUCACUUUCGGACACGUUCUAUUCAGCGACGUUCGCCAUGAACUGGUAAACAAGACGGGGUCUCUCCAGCGCCAAGGGGUGCUGGUGAUCGAUGGCCUUGGCAACGAUGACUGGUCAUUUUACGCCGCAGAGACAUACCCACAGGCGAGCUUCUUCAACCUGUCUCCGCGCGCGCCUCUGCCGGCGGAGUUUCGAAACUCGUCCUCAAGUUUCCCUCUUAGCCCCCCCAAUCAUCACCAGAUCCAGUACACCUCCGCAUUGGACAAGUUUCCCUUUGCUCCCCAAAGCUUCACUGCUGUGGUCUACCGCUUCCCCAUCGCUGCUCCAGAGUCUCACUACCGAAACAUUCUCAGCGAGGCACGACGUGUUCUGAAGCCGGGUGGUUAUCUUGAGCUCUCCAUCCUCGACUUUGAUCUCAACAACAUGGGCCAGCUCGGCCGAAGGGCUGUCCGGCAGUUGAAGGAGCGGAUACAUGAAUCAGACUGCGAAAUGAACCUGGCGUCAACCGCAGAUCUGAUCGUUCGCCACAUCGGGAGUGCGGGUUUUUCGAAUAUCAGGGCUGCUCGGGUUGGUGUUCCUGUGGCCAGUCCCAUUUCCAAGAUCAACGCUGGCGUCCAUGUCAGCGAUGAGAAGAUAGGCACAGAGAAGAAAACCAAGAAGAGCCAACCUAGCCUCUCGGAGAUGAUGAGUGACAACAGCUCUACAGCGGAUGAGAGCAUCACCAAAAUGGUGGCCCGUGUUGGGCGGUGGUGGUACACGCGCUGCUACGAAACCGCCAUCGACCCAACAGCCACCGCAACUAUCUGGAACGACAAGCAGCUCCUUAAAGAGUGCGAGCAACUUGGAACAAGCCUGAAGCUCAUGGUAUGCUGCGGCCGCGCUCCAGACCGAGUUUCCAGCAUCUAA